ACACACACACACACACACCCACAAUCCCGUUCCCUCUCUGCCUCCAUUCUCUGUAGUUGCUCUCCUGUCCGCGGCGGUUGCUGCCCAUAACCUGGCACGCACAACCGCCAUUCCACCCAUUCUUACAGCAGACACGGAAGCUGCUGCUACUGCCUGCCGGUUCCUCUCGCAUACGUUCUGUUGCCAUGAGUGCAAAUUAAUCCUUCCUUCCCCAUGAAAGCCAAAUGACCGUUGGUUGAAACCUUCUGACGUUCUGAAAAAGUCCACAUUCCGGCCACGCAGCCCUCGGUCUCUCUUCUCUUCUCCAUCUCCUUUCUCUAGCUCUUUGUCUUCUAUUCUUCUCCUCCUUCCCCUUUUCUCCUUCUCUUCUUCUUCUUCUCCAUUCCCCUUCGAUCAACACAACUUCCAACACCCCCCCCCUCCUUUCCCUGUUUCUCCCUAUUCCACACGAGAUCCUUCGCGCUUCUUACUCCCUCAUCUUUUACCCUCCCUUGAAGUCUCAAAUCUAAUCUUCCCAUUCACAUUCCCUUCAUCCUUCACAAUCAUCAUCAUCCCCUUCUCAACCUCGACCCAUUGUUUCUAUUCCCAACGAAAGAAAGAAGGGCAAAAGAAGAAAGAAAAAACCCAAAUUUCUCCUGGGAGUAUUUUUUUUUUUCGUCAUAAAGCUUUAUUCGACAAGCUGAGGUAACCUUAUCCCGGCAUCUCUCGGAGUAAUAAAAUUCCAAAUCGAAAAUUCUCGCGAUGUCCACAUUUGGGAGUCCCUCAGCCAUGACUCGUGGUGUUCAAUCGUCGCCAUCAUCUAAACCCGCCUCGCCAACCGCUGGUAAUGUUUCCGACAAGUCAGCAAAUAAUUCAAAUAGAGGUACCCACACCAACAGCCAUUCCUUGUCAACCUCGUCACCAACACUCCAUCGUCAACAAAAAUUUCCACAUGAUGCGGUGGACCCUUCGGGGCACAUCACCAACAACCAUAGCAGCAAAAAAUCGGUGUCGCAUACGGAAUCAUCGCGCCCACGUCGCGAAAUUAUUGAUCUUGUAGAUAGCGAUACGGAAGCAAAUAGCACCUCGGCAAAAUUGAACUCCUCUGUCGCUCCUUCGGCAAGGAAUAGGUCACUCCUCGGUCAACCAUUCGACCCCGUUAGGGGUGGACCUACUACUAAAUCGGGCCAUCGUGCCUCUGCGUCGCCCUCUAUAUCCUCGCUGAUCGACCCGCAACCACCAACUCAACCUCAUGCCACCGCCUCGUCGUCGGACAAGCAAUUCAAUUCGUCUUUCACCUCGGACACCACUGCCGGAACGAAUGGUGUUAGGGUGGAGAAAUUGCCUCGACCCGGCGAAGCGGGAGACCCACUAAACCGGUCGCCGAAAUCAAAAAAUGGCACCGCCCCUUCUUCCGCAGCUGCAUCUCCUAAACCUCGACCGUCGCUACCCUCGACCUCCGGCAACGGUUUACUAUCGGGUGUUUUACCAGGAACCACCGCUGCGAGUAGCGAGCCGUGUAUCCCCAACAUUUAUAUUCAUGUUCCUCUCAAUGGGGAGCACAACAAAUAUGUCAACUUUGCUAAGCUGGCGGAGGAGCGCUACGGAUGGGCAGCCUUGAAUCCAAAGCUCGCGAGAGCUAGGGAGAACAUGAUGAAAGGGGACAGUGGUGAUGAGAUGAUGGUUGAUGGCUCAGAGUCGGAGUCGAAUGUUGAAAUCGAUAAGCCAAUGGACUCCGAAGGUGGGAAGCGAAAAAAGAGAAGGCACCAGGACAUUUAUGACAAAAACGACCCUUUCAUUGACGAUACCGAAAUGCUUUGGGAAGAGCAAGCCGCCGCCUCGAAAGACGGCUUCUUCGUCUACAGCGGCCCCUUAGUGCCCGAGGGUGAGAAACCACAAAUUGAAAGGUAUGUUUUACUAGCCCUUAGCAUUGGCUCACGAUGUCCUUACUAACAAUGUUAAAUAGGGCCGAUGGCACGGUAAAGAGAGGACGCGGGCGUGGCCGUGGCGGUACCACUCGUGGAACGGCAGCUGCGCGGGGUCCCACCAUUCGGAAACCUCGUCUUACAAAGAAGGAAAAAGAGAGAAUGGAGAAGGAGAAGGAAGAACGUGAGAGGACACUAUUUCAAACCACUUUUGCUAAGCCUCCCGGAGGUGGUUGACAUCGCUCGUGUCUGGUCCAGUUGUUUCCUUCGGGUGGAUUUUUAUUUUCCUCUUUCUUUCGCUUUCUACAUUUUCUAGCUGUAUUCCAUAAACUUGGGAGAGGGGGUCUGUAAAACUAGAUGUUGGAUUAUGUUUUGGCGUUCGCAGUUUCCUUGUUUCUCUUAUUUCACCUUUUACUCGCUUCCCCUCGUCCCCCCGUUUACUGACUUCCGGAGCCGGAGUAUCGCAGAUAAGUGGCAAAGUGUAUUUUACCGGUAAUACUUGAACGGAUCAUGGGGGCCAUGACAAGUUGACAUUUCUACUCUUUACUGUACUGAAGCUAUUAACAUAACAAAGGGAUACUAUCUAGCUUAUCGAGGAGGGGUCUGUUGUUCGGGAGCUAUAUUUUCUGCUUGUCUUUAACAUAUUUGCGCGAAGCUUACGGAUGGGAUGGAUGGUAUUUCUUUUCGGGAAUUUAUAUUUGCAUACGGAUUGGAGCUUCCAGGUCUAUUAGUCCUAAUUGUACCGGUAUUUUAUUUUGCCCGUGUAAAAGUGAAAUGAUAGGAAGACCAUCCUUGCCCCUAUUCUACAAUAAAUAUUUUGUAUCCUUAGCUUAACUUAAGCAGAGAACGGAAGAUAUCAUGUAUAUAUGCAUAUAUAAAUCUACAGUGUGUCAGGUAUGUGGAUCCCCCGCCAUUUUGACAAUCACAGGUGAGGUCCGAGUACUUUUAGGCUGUGGAGUGCGAGACCAACCAUCACUGACCUACCAGUACAGUAUCGUAUGAUACGACCAACAGCACCGAAGCCAAGCACCAAAGUCAAGUACCCUAUUCGCAUGUAGCAUAGCCAGGUGACAGGGAAUGCCGGUCCGUAUACGAGUGCUCGAGUACCGCAACACGUAGUAAAUAUUUUAGAUGGGUGUGAUAACUCUGGAAGUGGCGGCAUUGCGACUCCCUAGGAUUAGCAUGAAGGAAGAAAG